UCCUAUAUAUUUUUUGUCCGUUACCUAUUUAUGUCCGUUUAGAAGCAUAUUUAGAUUUUUUAUAACGAUAUUUCCCAGUCAUUAGAGUUCUGUUCUCUUAUUACGUGAGACAGUGUGUCAAUGCGACGUUACCGAAUGGUAAUUCUUUAUAAAAGUUUGCAGUACUAUUCCAUUCACGUUUGCCAAGCGUUGCAUGUGACAUCGUGUCACGACCAGAAAAAAACGAAACUUUAAACGUUUCGCAGUACAAGUUUUGCUUCAUUUCUGGUCACAACUUUAUGAAAAUACAUCCUAAUUGAACCAAAUAUUUAAGCAAGUGUUGUUACUAACAGGUAACAGUCAAUACUAAUAAGCAGCAAGGCAGCAUGAUUCGUUUCCACUUAGUAUUAUUCGCAAUGGUAUUACUAUGCCUCGCGGUUGGCAGUAGAGGUUUUAGAUACAGAAGAACCGAAUUAACACCAGGACGAAGGUACAGUUCCCCGUGGUCCUUUUUUGGUUCAACCAGGAGACGAACUGCAUUCACAACAAGAAGACGAUACAGUUCGCCGUGGUCCAGUUUUAGUUCAACCAGGAGACGUACCUUAGUCACAACAAGAAGACGAUACAGUUCCCCGUGGUCCAGUUUUAGUUCAACCAGGAGACGAACUGCAUUCACAACAAGAAGACGAUACAGUUCGCAGUGGUCCAGUUUUAGUUCAAGCAGAAGACGGUUUGUAUUCACAACAAAAUACAGGCCAGCGUUCAGCACAAGAACAGUUCCGUUUCCUACAACCUAUUCAACAACUUUUAGUACAUGGUUCAACACAAGCACAACUCCAUUUCCUACAACACAGCCAUUAAAUUCCAGAUAUACAAAAAUAGGGGACCUCACAUCAGCCUUGAGAGUGAAAGCUCUAAGGGUUGGCUAUAGAACAAAUGUCAAACCGCCAACUUCGUUAUACAAAUACGUGUAAGUAUGCAAUUGUGUCUUAUACGUAGGGUCUGAUAAAAUGUAAACGUGUAUGGAACUGUAAGAUCUGAUAAUUGAUAAAUGGAAUUUCGUUUCCGGCGUCUGUGUUUUGGAAAUAAAGUCUUCUUUCGAGUCAUGAGGAUAAGUAUAAGUCUGUAAAUAUUAUUUGUAUGCUACAAUUGAGGCGAUAAAAAGAAUGAAAACAUGAACCGUUUUACCCCAACUUUGUUUAUUGUUAAAAAAAAAUAUGAGAUAAUAUAUGCUAAUGAACACAGCAGUAUAGAGUCGGGGAAGAUGGGACACCUUUUCAUUCCAUUUUCUCGUAUACCA